GUUCGAUGACGUCAUUACAUCUCUGUUUCCCGCCAGGCUCGGCUCAAACAGAGACGUGAUGACGUAGAGGGUGUACGUGAGCUGUUCCCGAUGCAGUCAGAGAGCUCUCAGGGUCCCAGCGUUCUGCUGGUGGAACCGUUCUACGGAGGUUCUCACAAACAGCUGAUCGACCUGCUGCAGCAGAACAUCACCGGCUGCUCCGUCUUCACACUCCCUGCCAAGAAAUGGCACUGGAGGGCGAGGGCAGCGGCGCUGCACUUCAGCCAGACCGUCCCCACCUGUCCCUCAUACAGAGUCCUGUUCAGCAGCUCAGUCCUGAACCUGUGUGAGCUGGUGGCCCUCAGACCAGAUCUGGCUCGUCUAAAGAAGGUUCUGUACUUCCAUGAGAACCAGCUGGUGUAUCCGGUCCGCAAAGACCAGGAGAGAGACUUCCAGUACGGAUACAACCAGGUCCUCUCAUGCCUGGUGUCAGACGUCGUGGUGUUUAACUCCGUCUUCAACAUGGACUCCUUCCUGUCCUCCAUCUCCUCCUUGAUGAAGAAGAUCCCAGACCACCGACCCAAAGACCUGGACCUGCUGAUCAGGCCCAAGUGUGUGGUCCUCUACUACCCAAUCCAGUUCCCUGAUGUCAGGUUAGUGAGAUCACAGAUUGUUGUUAUGAAGAUGAACAAUAUAUGAUCAAUAUCAGCUGUAAGAUCUCACCUGAGGUCUGUUUUCUAUCAGAAGAAGUCUGAAACAAACAUGUUACAUGAAAUAUAUGUAUGUAUGUAUGUAUGUGUG